AUAAACAAAUCCCCGUUUUCAUGGCGGCUUCCGUCAAACCUGACCAGGUGAAGAGCUCCCUGCCUACCCAUCAACAGCCCUCAAAGGAAGCUGUUGAGCUGGACUUCCUGAAAAACGUAACUGCUUGGCCGUCAACUCCACCUCUACCACUAAACUUUUCUUGGAAAGACUCCAGUGAUCCACGGCACAGCACCUUCACUGUUCUCCCAAAGAGAGCAGGGGGGCAGUGGCAUGUUGGAGAUGAGCUGGGGGUUUUAAUAAAGAUGUAUAACUUCCACGGUAAGCCAAAGAAAUCUGGAGGAGAUUUCCUACUGGCCCGGCUGCACAGUCCCAGUCUUCUGGCAGGUGUGGCAGGAAAAGUGGUGGACCAUCUCAACGGCAGCUACUCUGCUCUAUUCCCUUUACUGUGGGAAGGAAAUGUGCAAGUCCAGGUGGUCCUGGUUCACUCAAGCGAGGCGGUCACUGUGCUCCAGCAACUAAACCGUAUGCAGCCUCACAGAAUUUACUUCCAGAGUCUCUUCCGCUCAGGCUCUCUGACUGAAACCACCACCUGUAACGUUUACAUUAAUGCAAGUCAGCAGCAAGUGUGCAACUACACUGACCUGCACACAGGUGAGCAGUGGUUCUGCUACAAGCCAAAGAAACUGAGCUGUGAUGCCCGGGUCACUCAUGCCAUGGGAGGAUUUAAGAAAAACAUUACACAUCAGGAAGAGAUGCUCUUUCAGAGUGGCAUCAAUAUGAAGGUCUCCAUUCCUCCAUCAACCCAUCCCAACAUUAGUGUGCACCCAAGAGAAGACCAAACCAGGGUGAUCAGUGACAUUGUGAGGACAGAACCUUCUGGUUAUUACUAUCAUGGUGCCUGGAGACCACUAGAUGGAACCAAAGUACACCAGUUCAAUUCCUCCUCAGCAGUCAGUCAGUGUCUGAGAGGGAAGGGGCUCUACCUGUUUGGAGACUCCACCAUCAGACAGUGGUUUGAAUACUUCCUUGCAUCAUUUCCAGGUCUCAAGAAUUUUGACCUGCACAGCUCCAAACAAGGUGGACCUCUCCUGGCCUUGGACUACCCAAACAACAUCUUGGUGACUUACCGCUGCCACGGUCCUCCUAUCCGUUCUUAUCCUAUUCCUGUGACUCAGCUGCGUUAUGUUGCCAAUGAACUAGACCACAUAGAAGGAGGCCCCAACACUGUUGUAGUCAUUGGUGUCUGGGCGCACUUUGGCAGUUUUCCUGUUGAUGUUUACAUUAGGCGUAUGCAGAACAUCCGCAAGGCGGUGGUGCGGCUGCUGUCCAGAGCGCCACGUACGAUGGUGGUCAUCCGGACCGGGAACCCUAAAACUUUGUAUGUUGAUGGAAUACUGAGCAACAGUGACUGGUAUUCUAUACAGCGUGAUAAGCUGCUGCGGGCCGUCUUCAAGGGACUCGAUGUUCAUCUGGUGCAUGCUUGGGACAUGGUCCUGGCCCACCAGCUGCCACACAACCUUCACCCUCAACCACCCAUCAUCAAAAAUAUGAUUGAUGUUCUCCUGUCCUACAUAUGCCCUCCACCAACAGACCAGACCAGGGGAAAUCACUAAAAAAAGCCCAGAAUAGAAGAACUCGACUGUGAUGUUGAGGAACUCUUACACUUAAGGACAGAAAACCUUCUACGGUGCAGUAGAUCCAAGGCAGGGUUACAAAUCCAACACAAAGCACUGCAAUGAUUUAAGACCUGAGGAUGCAGCAACUUUUACAUAUUACACAUUUGACAAAGUUGUCCAUGAAGCUUUUUGAAUAGCAUAAGUUCUAGAUUUUAUUCAGAAGGGUUUUUAUUUUUAUUUUUAUUUUAUUAUAUGAGGCCCAGGCCAUAUUUUGUUUCUUGAAUUAUUUUUUCAAGUCAAAAGGAGAUGUCGUUUGUCAACACUGCAUCAAGACUUUUAUCACUAAGUCUUUGAGUGCCACAACCAUUGUGAGUUGUGAAUCAUGGGGUUUUACUUUACUCAGGUAAUUUUCCAACUUAAUGUAUUUUGUUUUACAAAAGAAGAGAAAAACACACAAACCUCGAAGUCUGAACAAAACUUGAAGCAACUAAGAGCACAAUGUCUACACUGUAGAUCAGGGGUGGGUAAACUUUUGACUCCCGGGCCACAUAGGGUUAUAAAACUCGAUAGAAGGAUUUUUAGAGGGUUUCAGGUUGGGACACAGACUGCAGUAGGGGGGGAUAAAAUGUCACGUUCUAUGCAGGUCUUAAUCGUGUGGCCAGAUUAAAAAAACAUCUUGCGUUUCUGAUGAUGUUGAGUGGGCUGGACCAAACAUGGAAGCGGGCCCGCGGGCCGUAGUGUGCCCACCCCUCCUGUAGAGGAAGUCUGGACCUUGCAAAGUAGUCUGAUAACUUUUGAACUAUUCCCAUAUAUUUCUCAAAUGUCUCACAUUUGUCUGGGUUUUGUAUUUCUUUUUCCUUAAAACUGUUUUUGAAACAACUUUUGUCUUGCAGCGGUGGGGCAGCGAUGGGGCGGUUGACCCCUAAUUGUAAGAUUGCAGGUUCAAAUCCUGCCUAGCAUGCCCAUGUUUCGAAGUGUCCUAGUGCAAGACACUGAACCCCACCUUGUCUCUGGUGGAGGGUUAGCGCCAGUGUUCAGCAGCGGAGCCGCCAUCAGUAUGUGAAUGUUUGUGAGUAGCAGUUUGGUUUCAUGCUAAGAAAGAGCGCCACAGAUGCAAUAUUUACUUUGAGGAUGUUGAUAAUGAAGUACAGAGGAGGUCAGAGAGAGCUACACUGUGGUUUUGAGAUGCUUCAGACAUGUCCAGAGGAGAGACAGUAUAUCGUUUUGUAGAAUGAUCCUGAGUCUAGACCUUUCAGGCAAGAAGAGGAAGGGCAAGGAGGUUUAUGGAAGCAGUGAAGGAAGACAUGAAGAUAGCUGGGGUGUGAGGAGAGGAUGCAGAAGACAGGGUUAGAUGGAGAAGGCUGAUUCGCUGCGGCGACUCCUAAAGAUAUAAUCCGAAAGGAAAAGAAGUUUAUGCCCUUUUUAAAACUCUGGUGUCUCCUGCAGUCUGAAGCCCUUUAACUGUUUCUAUCCUUCUUUCAAUCAUAUCUACUACAAUAAAUUGUUUAUGUACAUAUUUUUUGUGGGUUCUUUCAAUACUUUGAGAUGCCACACUGUAUGAAAAGUAUGAAGUGAAUAAAGAGGAUUAUAUUUAAGCCCAAAA